UGAGGUCUCAACUCCACUCUUAUUAGCUGCAAGAUAACAGCUGGAUAAACCAGUAGAGUAGAAAUCUUCAAUCCACCGCCGAAAUGGCUGCGGCUUUUGCACCUGCCACUCCUCUCCGGUUACUCUUCUCUUACCCCAAAUCCUUAGCCAAACACCAUCAUUUUUUCCCGUCACUUCUCCACUGCCACCCAACUGCUGGCCGGAGAUUCUUCUGCUCCGUGAUUUCCAGAGCUCUGCACUCUGGCGAAAGGACGAAACCGGAAUUGAUGGAAAAUAGCAAGGGCGAAAUGGGAAGUAAAGUUGGGGAGUUUAGAAGGAAGUUGAAGAUUGUCGAUAUAAAGGGUGGAACUGACCAAGGAAUAGGUCGAGUCGGCCAGCCACUUGUUGUGAUGGGUUGGGUUCGGACCUUUCGGGUCCAGAGCAGCGUCACAUUCAUCGAGGUUAAUGAUGGUUCGUGCCUGUCAAAUAUGCAAUGUGUGAUGACGUCUGAUGCUGAAGGUUAUGAUCAGGUAGAGUCUGGUUUGAUCACAACUGGGGCAUCAAUAUAUAUACAAGGGACUGUGGUGGCAAGCCAAGGAUCAAAGCAAAAAGUGGAAUUGAAGGUCGAGAAGAUUGUUGUGGUUGGCAAAAGUGAUCCUUCCUAUCCCAUUCAGAAGAAAAGAGUCAGUAGGGAAUUCUUGAGAACUAAAGCACAUCUUCGUCCUAGAACAAAUACAUUUGGUGCGGUUGCUAGAGUAAGGAAUGCUCUGGCCUAUGCUACACAUAAGUUUUUUCAAGAAAAUGGGUUUGUUUGGAUCUCUAGUCCUAUCAUUACAGCUUCGGAUUGUGAAGGAGCGGGUGAACAGUUUUGUGUGACUACAUUGAUUCCAAGCACAAGAGAAGCUGCUGAUUCUCCUGCUGAUGCCAUUCCAAAAACAAAGGAAGGUUUAAUAGACUGGUCACAGGAUUUUUUUGGAAAACCAGCCUUCUUGACAGUCUCGGGCCAACUUAAUGCUGAAACAUAUGCAACUGCCCUUUCAGAUGUAUACACAUUUGGCCCCACAUUUCGAGCAGAAAAUUCUAAUACUUCAAGACACUUAGCUGAAUUUUGGAUGAUUGAACCUGAACUAGCAUUUGCUGAUCUGAAUGAUGACAUGGCCUGCGCAACUGCCUAUCUCCAGUAUGUAGUGAGACAUAUUCUUGAUAAUUGCAAAGAAGACAUGGACUUUUUCAACACUUGGAUUGAGAAAGGGAUCAUUGAUCGAUUGAGUGCUGUGGCUGAGAGAGAUUUUGUUCAAUUGACUUAUACUGAUGCAGUUGAGGUCCUUCUAAGAGCAAAUAAGAAAUUUGAGUUCCCGGUAAAGUGGGGAUGUGAUUUACAGAGUGAGCAUGAACGUUAUAUAACUGAAGAGGCGUUUGGCGGAUGCCCUGUCAUAAUCAGAGACUAUCCCAAGGAGAUCAAGGCAUUUUAUAUGCGGCAGAAUGAUGAUGGGAAAACUGUGGCAGCCAUGGAUAUGCUGGUUCCUCGAGUUGGGGAGCUUAUUGGUGGAAGCCAGAGAGAAGAAAGGCUUGAAUAUCUGGAAGAUAGAUUGGAGGAAUUGAAGCUAAAUAAAGAAAACUACUGGUGGUAUCUGGAUCUGCGCCGUUAUGGAUCAGUUCCUCAUGCGGGCUUUGGACUGGGAUUUGAAAGGCUUGUGCAAUUUGCAACUGGAAUAGAAAAUAUAAGAGAUGCUAUACCGUUCCCUCGAUCUCCUGGUUCUGCUGAAUUUUAAUUGCAAAAUUACAUUGACUUAAAGUUGUGAUAAAAUGAUUGACGAGGCUGCUCAGGAAUUUUGUCUUUCGUCAUUCUUAGUUGCUUCUCUUCAUAAUCAUGUUUCCUUUGUACACUGUAGGGUGUGAAGGAUUGUAUAAUUCAAGUUGGCUGAGUUUAGCCAUUUAAGUUAUAUAAACUUACUGCAUGUUUAUAUUUUUUUUAUAUAUUCCCACAUGAUAUUUUAUGUCA